AUGUGGGAGAAAACAAGCAGCCGACAAGCCAGAAAUUUCUGGAGGACCGGAUAGAGAGAGAGAGAUGGCUGCUUCUUUUACCAUCCACUCAUCUCCUUCUCUUGUUCCCACGACCAGAGCUUCGACGAUCUUCCAUGGAGGCCGCCACAGUUACCAGUUCCUCAUCCUCCACAGUCCCAACCAAGCCUCCAGAAAACCCCUCUCUCUCAGGGUCCGAGCUGCCAAGCUUCCCUCUGGGGUGGAAGUGCCGAAAGUAGAGCCCAAGUUCCAGGCUCCAUUUCUCGGAUUCACAAGAACUGCCGAGGUUUGGAACUCCAGAGCUUGCAUGAUUGGCCUCAUCGGGACAUUCAUUGUCGAACUGAUAAUAAACAAAGGGAUUCUUCAGGUGAUUGGAGUGGAGGUGGGCAAGGGCCUCGAUCUUCCUCUUUGAGAAAUUUCAGCUCCCCUCGUCGUAUUGGAAAUCUCUUUCUCUAGAGAAGUAAAUACAAUGACUUCAAGUUGGUGACAACUCUCUUGGCUCUACUCUUGCUGCGUAGAGAGUAACCCUGUGCUGCUUCACUGGAUUUUCUUGUUGAAUAGCUUGCACAAUCGAUUCCAUAGGGUUUUUAAUUUGCUUGCAAAUGACACUAUCACCUUCCUCUUUUGACCAUCAAUAAGAUAAUACAGGAACAACUUGAGAAGAGUAUGAAUUUAAUCCUUCUGAAUGAAUAGCCAAUUUGUUCGUCUUUGAAA